CUCGGCCACAGUCGGAGUGAAGACGUUUUAAAACAUCAUCCUAAGAUGGUGAAAAUGAUCGUAGUGGUAUUGUUGAUGCUGGCUGGACACCGGUCAUUGGCCUUUGAUGAAAAUGCAGAGGAGCAGCUGUUCCCUCCGUUGCAUCGCAACUGCACGCAGAGCCUGACGGACCUUCUUCUGUUGAGGCAAGAGGCUCAGCUGAACAGAAUGGCCGCGGCGCAGGAGGCCACGACGGAGCUUCUGAAGGCGAGUCUCGAGGCGUUGGUUCAAGUUCGCGACUCGCUGAAGGCAGAAGAACACACACCUGAGACCGUCAAGUGCGUGUCUCCGUUUACACAAGUAAGAGGCAGCUGUCUACUGUUGGCGCUUCAUGAGUUACACACCUGGGCUUCGGCAAGGCAGUAUUGCGCUGGAUACGGGGCCGACCUGGCUCAUUUCUCGGAUGCUAAUGCUUAUGUGGCCAUCCUCGAUUACGUUAACACCAUUAACCAGCAGAGAAAAAGUGUGAGCAUCUGGGUCGGCGGCACAGACGAGGCAGUUGAAGACACAUGGGUUUGGAUCACAGGGGAGCUCAUGCCUGGGGGCCGCCCUUCUGGGGGACGAAGGAUGGGUACAGACCACAGCCCAGUGACGGCCGGAGCCAAAACUGUGCUAUUCUGUGGCAGCCCGACCAGUAUUAUACACAUGAUGUCUCCUGUACCUACAAGGCUGUUCCUCUCUGCCAGAUAUGAGUCCGAUGACUUUGAUAAGGGAAUAGAGAAUAGAAGCAGUGCGGUUGGGAAGAAUCCCGAGAGACCUUCAACAUAAAUAACACACGAGGAUUUUAAUAUAUGGCAUCCUGACUUUAAGGUCUAGUAAGACUGUGUUGAGUGUGGUUUUUGAAGGGACUUUGGUCAUAAAGAAACACAUUUCUAAUGUUAUCAUAUUACUUUUAUUAUAUAAUUGUUUGGAAAUAGCAAGGUGGUAUAUUACACUGGGUUCCUUACCAUGAACAAUAAUAAAUUCUAGAAAGACAUCAAGGAA